AUGACAAAUAAAACGGAACAUUUAUUCGAUGAUAUAAAACUUGCCAAGAUGAAUGUUUUAUCAAAUUAUGAUUUGCCACCUCUUCAUUUCAACCAUAAUACAUACACGUUGAAAGAAUUUCUGGCUAAUUUGAACCGUCAACAAUACCAGUUACCGAUCAUAAAAUACACCACUUAUUCUGCUCGAAAUCGAUCAGUUGGAUUCGGUAAUUGCGGAUUAUUAUACUUCCACAGAUGGACAUGGUCGAUCGCAACGUAA